AUGGCGGCCUCUCGCUCAGUCUCUAUCACCUACGUUCCGGCAGACUGUGGCUCUAUCAUCCCUGGCAAGUCCAAAGCUCCUCAAGCUUUCCAAGACGUGGGCAUUGCCCCCAAGCUUCGAGAUGUGGGACUCCAGUCUGUAUCGGAGCAUGAGGCAUUGGAGUCGCCUGCAAGAUACGCAGUUACAAGCCUUUCACCUGGAGGCGUGCGUAAUGAGCAACUCAAUAUCUCAGUCUGCCAACAAGUCUACAGCGCCAUCUCACACAAUCUCAGCCCCUCAACCAGCAAGGCCCCCUUCCAGCUCAUUCUUGGUGGCGAGUGCUGCAUGCUACCGGCCAUCCUUUCUGCCUUCUGGCAGCAUGCAGACUCGCAGUCUCCAUCUAAGCGGGUCGGCCUCAUCUAUAUCGACGCCGAUACUGACCUGACGUCUCCAAUCGAUCCAAGUUCUACCGGCGCCUUCGCAGGAAUGAACAUGACCCACCUCAUACAAACUCCGGGGGCGCUGCAGAGCAUGAAGCAAUUCUCUCAACCCUCUGGCGAGCCAGUCUGCAACGCCUCCAACAUGGUUCUCUUCGGCAUCAAUAUGUCCUUUUCAGGAAACAAACCUGAGCAUUUUGCGUAUCUCUUUGAUAACAACUACAAGGUUGUUAGCUCAGCCUCGGUGUCCCAUGAGCCAGAGCAACGGGCUAAAGAGGCACUGGAAUACCUCAAUGAUAACGUUGAUAUUAUCAUGGUACAUUUGGAUGUUGAUGCCAUUGAUCCGCAGAUGUUUCCACUGGCAAACGUCCCAAAUUUCACCGGCGUGAAAUUUGAAGAGAUGAUGCGCGCAUUGAGGGUAUUUUUGGCGAGUGAAAAGGUUGGCGGACUGACGAUUGCUGAAGUCAAUCCGGAUCAUGAUCCAGGGUUGAAGAUGGUACAAAGACUCACCAAUGAGGUGGUUGACAUGUUGGCAGCGAGAAAUGGAUAA